AUGGAUGAACACGUCCAGGCAGCCGGCUCCCCGGCACCAAGUCCUGCGAAACCUACCAGAGGUGGUUUCAGAGGACGCGGUGGCUGGAGAGGAGGUCCUGGCAGAAAGGCCGUUGGUCGUAAGCCGGCCAUGACCAAACGCGGUGGCAACCGUGGCAGAGGCCGUGGCCGGUACAAGACUUAUGACCACCCGCGUGUCCAGGCUGCCUACGAGCGCUCCAAGGAGCUGCGAGACUUCUACUUUGAUGUCGCCAACGCCAUGAAGCCGGCUCUGGAGAAGCUUGCUGAUCACACGCUCAACCAAAUGAUUGACAGUCCUGACGCUCACACCAAGGUGCCCGAGUACUUCACGGUUCAAACCGAGCUCGAUGACAGGCUCGACGACAGCAUCCAGCGCCUCGAGUCCGAGGAGACUGCUAAAUACGACCAUAUUAACAAGACCUACCGGGACGACAACGAUUUCUCCCAGAAGCGGUUCAUGGACGGCUUUGAGUAUGUGACUGAUGAGUUUCUCGACGGAAUUCUGAAUCGAAUUACUCUGCUCGAAGAGCUUCGUCGCGAGGAAUACCCUACAGAUCUCCCUGCUUCAUAUACCUUUGUCCAGGAGCCGGACGAGGUUGCCAAAGAUCAAGGACCAUAUGUUAUGAUCCGCAAUGGCGUUGAAGUCCCUUAUCCUCAUCUAUUGGCGGAUAUCAAGACGUCGGCAGUCAGAAGUACGCUCGGCCGCAAGAAGCCCGGUCCGAAGCGGAAAGCUGAAGACGUGCCCGACGGUCAGCCAGAGUCCAAGAGGCUCAUCUCUGGACCAACUUCCAGCGCGUCCCGCCUGGGUGUUCCGCGUGAUGACACUGGCGGUGAAGCAUCGACCCCACGGCCACGCCAUAUUGGAGGUCUCCUUAGUGCUGAGACCGAGCCGGAUGGCGAGCCCGAGUCGAACGCACCGUCGCCCACUCCUCUCGAAGAAGGCAUGUCUCCUCAAUCCUCGCAGCAGAGUGAUACUGCCACAAAGAAGGAGAAAGAUCUUCCCGAUCUACCUGCCGGCGCCUCGGAGCCAGACCAGUGGGGCACCAGGACAGUUUCCAAACGAGGUCCCAAGGCCAACAAUCGCCUCAUCAUCCCGUGCCUAUACGACUUUGAUGAAGACGACAUUGGUUUCCGCGACUCCACAAAUGAUUCCACGCGCAAGGCUAGCAAGAACACUCGAGGCAGGUUUCUCAAUAAGCCGAAUUCCCGAUUCUGGCACCUGGACCAAACCAUUCUCAACUACAACUGCCUCGACUAUAGAGACGGUGAUCUGGAUCCUAAGCUAGUCAAGAAACACAACCUGCAUCCCAGAUUCGGUUUCUUCCUCCCCGACUCGAUAAACGAGCAGGAAGCUCCGAAGGAAGACAUCGACACGACCCGUCCUGUCGUCCUUGUCACACCAAAUGGGAGUACUCUGCAUGCAUCGCGCACCGUCCGUGCCAGACUGAUGGAUAAUGCUGUCAGGGAGGAUCGUGGCCGAAACAGGAUUGGCGCUAUGGUUCAGGUGCUGAGACAGGAUCUCGAUCUCGACAUGGAGGAUAUUACCACAGAAGAGAUGCGCAGAAAGCAGCGUGAAGAACAGGAGAGACAGGUGUCCAGCGAGCCCGAACCCGAGCCUGAAGAUGAAGAGGACACGCUUCUGGAUGACCGCUACCAGGAGCCUGUCUUCGCCAUCGAUCCCCGUACUGAGCUGAUGCGACAGCGUGGUACUGCACAGCUGCUCGACGCGGCACAGUCAGUGGAGGACGAAGAGCGCGCUCAAGAGGCCGCCAUGAACCCUAGAGCCUCCAGGCCAUACGAUGCUGUACGCGAUAUUUUCGGGGCAUCCGAACCUCCGCCUCCCAUGCCAGUCCGCCACGUCGAUACAUAUGGGCUUUCUGUUCUCGCCGAUGUAUCCGAAAACCCUCAGGCAUACUGUGGCCCCGCGGAAGGGGUAAUCAUGAACGGCCCUCCCAUGAUGAACGCGUAUAUGAUGAAUGGACCUCACCAUGGCCCUCCUUCUAGCUCGACCGGGUUCCUCCAGACAGCCUUGAACCCAACCCAGCCGUUUGCACCGAUAGCACCUGCGCCUCCCCAGAGUUUGGAUGGCCGGCCACCGACUCCAGUCCAACGAAAUCCUUUCACGGGCCAGGUCAGCGGCAAGGGCAGUCCUGCCCUUCCCCCGCUACGACCCGGAAGACGCGACAAGAUCAGCGGCCUACUUCUUGACACCCAAGCCCCUCAGCCUUCAGCGCCAGCAGCCCUUGCUGCACCAUCAGCACAAACCCAGCCGAUCGCUCCCAUGGGACAGGAGUACGAGCCACCCCGAGCCAUGAUGCAGCCUAGCGCCGGAGCCUUCUACCCAUCCGGCGUACAUCACCCAUUCCACAACAGCUUCUCUCCUCAAGAACCGGCACCGCUCAUGUCCAUGGCUCAGCCAGGUCCCCCCGGCCCCGUGCCGCCCAUCGUGCCCAGUCAGGCUCCACCUCAGCAUCUGUCCUCGUUUUCCGCCAUGUCUCCGCCAGUCCCAGGACACGCGCAAUUGGCUCCUAUGCCUCAUCAGAUGGGCCCCUCGCCACCAACUCUUUCACAAGGGCCGUUCGAUCAAGUGCCCCCGGGACCUCCUGGUGGACCCCUGAUCGCAAACUCGCCGCCUACUACUCAUCAGCGCGGUCCCUCAUUGGGAGGAGCGGGACCUCUUCCUUCCCCCAUCCCUGGUCUGGGGCCGGGUCCCGGUCCUGGUGGACCCAAUGGCCAAAAUGCUGGGAAGUAUCGUAGAAUUGCUGCAGCUCCCAUCCCGUACAAUCGCCAAUGGCCUUCGAAUGGCGGUACCGAGUUGCGCCUCUCCAGUUACGACCCGAAAGGCGCCAUAAAGGACUACUCAGCAAACGAGCCUCCGCCUCGCACCGGACCCACCACCAUCAGGGGAUGGUCGGUGAAUAACGGCCAGAGAAACCGCAACAGGGCAGGCUCGAGAAAGGAAGGAUCAGUGGAGGAUACCGAGUCACCCAAGUAG